AUGAUAAUCUUGUUACAAGUACUAUUUUUAAGCUUUCCUUCAACAAAUAAUCAACUAAUUGCAUCAUAUUUAACUUAAGUGAAGAAUUUUACUGAUAAGGAUAGCGAUGGGUUUAUUAGUAUUGAUGUAGGAAAUAGUGCAAUAUAUCCUUUAUAUAUUGAUUGUGUUGAUGAAGGUAGUUAUAUCAUAAUAAACAAUACUUAAAGUGAAGUUUAAUAUUUUGAAACGAAAAAUUAUAGUGGAUAUUAAUUUUAUUAUGUGACUUAUGACCUAAUUUUUUUUAAAACAUGGAAUGAUAAUGAUUAAGUAAGUUAUACAAUAGGUUCAGACACAAAUAAUUUUAAUUAUCAAAAUCCACAAUCUUUUAGAUCUAUAAAUAACUUUUGCAUAGAUAAAUAAGCAGUUAUUAAUACUAUUAAUUUUACAAUAAGUAAAACUACUCUUUAAGGUGUUCAUAAAUUUAAAGUUGUAGCAACAAAUGAAGGAAAUGUUGCAAUAAAAAAUCUAACAAUUACAGGUUUAAAAUGCUAUUAAACUUGCAAAACUUGUUCUGGAAGUUUAUUUAAUGAAUGUACAGAGUGUUUUGUGGGAACCCUUUCAAAUUAAGGAACCUGUUGGAAAUAAUGCAAUAAUACUAUUAAUGAACCUUAUUUAGUUAAUAAUUAGUGUAGAGCCAGGUGUCCUCUCGAUUAAUCACUGUAUCUAAAUGGAUUAUGUACUUCAUAUCCAAGUACUAAUAAAUUUAUUAUUUAGUAACCAACUAUAUUUAUAUAGAGAUACGUCAAUAUCCAACAACAUCAUAAUAUAGAUGGUAACUGGUUAAUGAUUUUGAAAAUAUUCAGUCUUUACAAAAUAUACUUUUUGAAAACUAUUAUAUUUAUGGGAUAUUUAAAAAUAAAUAAGGUUAUUAGAGAGUGAUAAAUUUGAAGGGUAACUAUGGAUCAUAUUUGAUUGGAAUAAAAUUAGAUAUCAUCCUAUUUAAUUAAAUGCCUUCUGGAAGUCGUAUAUCAUUAUUAAUAAAUGAGACACAUAAGGCACAUAUUUAUCAUGAUGGAAAUUAACUUAAAUUUGAUUAAUUUAUUAGUCAACAUCAUGGCUUAAGGUAGAAUUUAACUUAUUAGAAUAUAGAUUAUAAUAAAAAUAACUACUAUUCUUUAUAUUUAUAUGUUAAUGCUUCAAGUUAUUUUAUUAUUAGAUUGAUUGGAGAUUAUCUAACAUCUGAAGCUGGUUGGGCAAUUAGAAUUAUUUAAAUUACAUCUGGAUAAUGUCCACAAUAUUGUUGGAAAUGUGACUUUUAGUUUAAAUGCUCUAAAUGCUACGAUGGUUAUUUUAUUUCUAGAUUUGGAACUUGUAGAUAAACUUGUUAAGCUAUUUAUUAGUAUUAGAUCAAUUAAACCCAUUGUUUGGAUUUUGAUAAUGAAACACAAUGUAAAUAAAUUUAUUUAAUAUAUAGAUUCUUAAUAUCUAUCAAAAGAAUUCAUAGAUUUAUCACUAAAUCUGGAUACCUAAAAAUAAUAUAAAAUGUUAGAAGAAGUGGGAAAUAACUUUAUAAAAGGUGAAGGAAUAUAUUAUUCAAUAUGGAAAUAGAAUUAUAGAAUAUUUGGAGGACCUUAUAUAUGGGCAUAAGCAAAGUUUGAAAGAACUUAUAAUAUACCUAAUCCUCAUCAUAGUAUAUCAAUUAGUUUUAUUAUGAUUUUUGGACCUUAAUUUCCUGAUGAUGGAAAUUUUACAUUGACAAUCGAUAAUUAAACUUAAUUUGAAGGAAUGGUUGUUGGAGGUGAAAUAGAAUAUUAAUAAUUUUAUAAACAUUCUUUGGAUACUUUAAUUAUUUAAUGGGAAUGCAAGAGCACUGAACCAAUCAAUGCAUAUUGUGGAUUCUAUUAAUACUAUUUAGCUGUUCAUUAUUGUAAACCUGGAUGUUCAUAAUGUAAUGAUUAAAAUGAUUGUUUAUCUACCAUUACUAUUUGCGAAGAAAACUAAUAUUUAGAAUUAUUUAAUAGUGAAUGUCGUAAUUGUUUACCCUAAUGUAAGAGAUGUACUUCAUUACAAAAUUGUCUAGAAUGUAAGGAUGGUUUUAUAGAUCCUUCAUUAGGUUGUAUAUGUGGAAUAAAUCAAUACUAAAAUAAUGAUUAUUAAUGUUAAUUGUGUCCUUAAUCUUGUAAUUAAUGUAUAAAUGAUUAAAUUUGUUUGGAAUGUAGUAAGGAACAUUUUAAAAUUUUAAAAAAUAAUAAAUGUGAAUGUUAAGAGGGUUAUUAUACUGAUGCGAAUAAUAUAUGCAUUACAUGUUAAUAAAAUUGUAAGAUUUGUACAAAUUAAUAAUGUAAUGAAUGUAUUGAAGGUUUUUAAAUUUAAAAUGCUAAUGAUGGAUGUUAAUUGAAUGCAUAAGAAUAUUAUUCUACUUAACUGUAUAAAAGUAUUAAAUGUCCUAUGGAAUCAAUAGAUAGUAUAAAUAGUUGCAAUCCUUGUACUAAUUAAAGUUGUUCUUGUAGAGAUAAUAUUAUCAAUGGUUAUGAACAAUGCGAUGAUGGUAAUGAAAUUUAAUAUGAUGGAUGUCAUGAAUGCCAAUUUUAAUGUUAAUUAGAAUGUACAAAAUGUAUUUAAGGUAAAUGUUUUGAAUGUGCAACUUCUGGAUGGUAUUUAGACUUAAAUAAUUAAGUUCAAAUUUGUAAAGAAUAAUGUUAUGACGGUUUAAAAGUAGGAACAGAAGAAUGUGAUGAUGGUAUAUAUAUAUAUAGUGGAAAUUGUAAAGGUUGCAAGUUUUUUUGUAGACCUGAUUGUUAAUAAUGUGAUUAUACUAAGGGAGAAUGUGUAUAGUGUAGAUAAGGCUUAAUUAAAUAUCAGAAUUAUUGCAUUAAUAAUUGUGGAGAUGGUAUUCUUGUAAAUGCUCCAGACAUAGCAUUUAAUGAAUAAUGUGAUGAUGGUAAUUUAAUUGAGUUUGAUGGUUGUAGUAAAAAUUGUUAGUUUUAAUGUUAAAAAAAUAAUAUUUGUGAAUUCUGUUAGGAUAACAAAUGUAAAUUAUGUUAAUAUGGAUAUCAUCUAAAUAUGAUGAAUAAUAGAUGUGAAUGUGGUUAAUCUUGUCUUGUUUGUGAUUUAUCUGAGGGGUAAGGAUGCAUCCAUUGUACAAUUGGAUAUGAAUUAAGAGAUAAGAUGUGUUAUCCUAUUUGUGGUGACUCCAUUAUUACAUAUCAUGAAUAAUGUGAUGAUGGUAAUAUGGAUAUUGAAGAUGGAUGCCAUUAAUGUUAAUUUAUAUGUGAAUUUACAUGUUAAUAAUGUUUCUUUGGUUAUUGCAUGAUUUGUGAAGAUGGAUAUGAAAUCUAAUUUGGAAGAUGCAUUUAUACUUUUUCUAUAUCGCAAAUUGAAUAAAUAGAGCAUCAAUAUUUAUAAGUUUAAUCAUUUUAAUAUCUUUUAGAAUAUUUUAAUUAAUUCGAAGAUUUAAAAUAUUAUUUUGAGGAUGUACCAUUUAUUGAAUCAUUAUAUAUACUGUAACUUAUCGAAAUCGAUGAUUCAAAUAUAAUUAUUAAUCAACCAGAAGUCGUCUAAUAAUCAUUUUGUUCAAUAAAUUGCUUAUCCUGUUUAUAAGGAUUAUGUUUUACUUGCUAAUUUGGAUAUUAUUUAGAUUUUAUUCAGAAUUAAUGCAACCCUAUUUGUGGAGAUUAAUUUUUAACAGUUGAAGAAUUAUAUGAUGAUGGUAAUAAUAUUGUUUAAGAUGGAUGUUUUUAAUGCAAAUUCUAAUGUUAAGAUUAAUGUGAUAAUUGUUAUUAUGGUCAAUGUAAAUCAUGUAUUCAAUCUUACUUUUUUGAUAUUAAUCAAAGAAGAUGUCUUGAAAGACUAAUAUGUAAAGAACAAGAUGGAUAUUAUUAUGAUGAUAAAUUCAAUAAAUGUUAUUCUAAAUGUGGCGAUAAUAUUAAAGCAGGAAAAGAACUAUGUGAUGAUGGCAAUGAUACACCUUUUGAUGGAUGCUAUUAAUGUCAAUUUUAAUGUGAAUUAUUAUGUAAAACAUGUCUUUAAGGAAUUUGUUAAAAUUGUUAACUUGGAUAUAAAUUAUAAAACUCUAUUUGUGUUAAUGAUUGUGGAGAUGGAUUAAUAGUCCCUAAUGAAUCAUGUGAUGAUGCUAAUACCAUACCCAGAGAUGGAUGUACUAAUUGUAUAAUUGAUCCUGGAUUUAACUGUAUUACUUUAAAAAAUAAAAACUUUUGUUUUAUUUGUUCAUCUAAUUGUAUUUCAUGUGAUUACAUCAAUUCUAAAAUCAUAUGUUUAAAAUGUAAAAAAGGAUAUUUCUUAACAAGUAAUUCAUGCAUUUAAUGCUCAAAUUACUGUGAAGAGUGUGUAGAUAAUCCAAAUAAUUGUACUCAAUGUAAGAUUGAGAAUUGCUAAAAAUGUGAUAAUAAAGAAGGUUAUUAUAGUGAUUUUACUAUCAAGAAAUGUAUAACAAAAUGUGGAGAUCAUAUCACUGCUGGCAAUGAGUAAUGUGAUGAUGGGAAUAUUAUUAAUAAUGAUGGAUGUAAUUCUUUAUGCGAAAUUGAAAAAGGAUUCUAAUGUUCUAAUAACCUAUGUUAAAAAAUUCCAAGAAAAUCAAUUGAAUUUGAUUAUUAAAAUAGUACACUAAAUCCUUUUGAAAUCAAUUCUACACUCUCUCUAUUUAAUUAUGGAUGUGAAAUUUAAUUCCAGUUUUUUAAAACCAUAACUGAAAUCAAUUUAAUUCACUUAACAAUUCCUUUUAAUUAUACUGAUCAAUAAAGAAUCUUAGAAGAAUAUUAAAUAACUAUUAUACCAAGAAAAUAGAUUUAUUAUAGUUCUGACUAAAAAUAAUAAGCAUUAGCUGUUGUAUCCACAUCAAAUUAAUUAACGUUGUUACUACAAUAUACUGGCCCCUUAACGAUGCUUCUUGGUGGUAUCACCUUUUUUUGGACUAUACUUGAAAUUCUUACUUGGAUUAAUAACUUCUAUUUUUUUAAUAUUGAUUAUCCAAUAAAUGUUAAAAUGUUUUUCUAAAAAUUCAAAUGGGAAAAUAUUAUAUUUAUUCCAGAAUUCUUUUCACUUAAUUAACCGAAUGAUCCUUAUUAUUUUCAGGCUGUAACUAAAUUUUAAGAGAAGAAUGUUAAUCCAUUAUUUAUUAACAAUAUUUAAAUUUUUAUUGGUUUAAUUUGCAUUGCUACUUUAACUUAUUUCUUAACUUUAGCUAUUAUUUGGAUCUAUAAAAAAAAAUUAAAUUCCAAUCAGUUGAAAAGUCAUAAAAUUUAUAUUUUCACAAAAUGCCAUAAUUAAGUUGAAAAUCAAUAAGCUACUUAUAUUAAUGAUAAAAACUAAUCACUAAUUAAAAAAUUAUAAGAGCUUUCUUUUGUUUCAUUUUUCAUAUUUAAAGCUGCUUUAGAUUAUCAAUACAAUUUUUGGUCUAAAAUUCUUUCAAUCAUUAACUUAUUCCUUUUAGAUGUAUUUAUGGCUUGUAUUUUAUAAUUAGUAUGCCCUAAAAACAAUUAUCAUUAUUAAAUAUUAAUAAAUGAUAUUUUAGCCAUUUCAUUUUUAGUAUUUAUUUUAAUAAUUUAUAAUAUACAUGUUUAUGUUAGCUCAAAGCAUUAUUUACUUUUGAAUCAUUCAUUAUUUAAAAAGAAGUAUUUAUCAAUUUAUGAAACAAUAAAUUAUGAAAAUAUCACUGCAAGAAAAUAUUGCUGCUUUAAUCUUAUCAGAAAAUUCACAUUCAUACUCUUCAUUGUGUUAUUAUAUGAUAAACCAAUCCUCUAAACUACAUUUUGCUGUUUAUCAUGUUUUUUAAAUUUUGCUUUUCUUUUAUAUUAAAAUCCAUUCAAAUCAAAAAGUACAUUGAUUUAAAUAGGAUUACCUGAUUUUUGUAUAUUUUGUAUCGUGUUAUUUGCAAUAUUAAUCGCAGUAGACGAUAUGAUAAAAAUUCUUGAUUUUUAAUAAAAGUAAUUGGUUGGAUGGUUAAUCAUUUCAUUAAUAUCAAUGUCUAUAGCAGUAUAAUUUUUAUUUUUGCUUAUUGAAUUUAUUAAUAGAUUAAAAGCAUAUUUCAGUAGCCUUAAAAAUAUUUGUUUCCAUAAAAAUAAAUCAUGA